AACCUUAUUACGAAGGUGGAGAUGCAAUAGUGAUAGUGAACUUUCUUUGGGAAUAUGAAGCAUAUACCAAAAUUAGAGGAUGGGACAAUGAUAUGAAAUCAGCAUGUGUGGUGUUGUAUGUUGCAAAAAGUGAGAUGGCAUGGGUUAAACAAGUAUGUAGAAGCACAAAGACAUGGAUCGAAUUACGGCAAAGGUUAUUUGAUACAGCGAGUUAUGUUGGUAUGACAAACAAUUGGAUGGUAUAUAAGGAUUGUAGAUUGAAAGAUGUUGAGCAAGGUGGUGAUAAUGGAAUAAAUGAAAGAGUGAUGAAUAUAAUUAGUGAAACGAAUGAUGGAAUAAAACAGACAAAAGAAAUAAAGAUUAAAAAUUCUGAGGUACCUGUUUGCAACCUAUUUGAAUGGUAUUUGGAUGUUGAUGAAGAUGAGGUGAUGAAGAAAGAAGUGAAUAGUAAUGAACAGGAAAUAGAUAAUAAAGAGAAACAAGCAAUCAAUAAAACAAGCCGUGAAGUGGGGAUUGACGAAAUUGGAAGAAAGGAUGUAAAGGUUAGGUUGGUAAAUGGUGAUGAAAUGGGUGAUAGAAAAUCCGAAAACUCACCUGAACAGAAUUAUGAAACGAACGAUCCUGCAAAUUGCCGCGAAAAUGAAAUAGGUGUUUCUAGAUUUGAUGAUAAAUGUGAGAAGACUGUUAAAGUGAGGGAUUUGUCUGUGGAUCAAUUGAAUCAGGUGCAUGUGUUGAUUAGAAUGUUAAAAGCUGUGGACUAUGCUGAAGCUGGAAUGUUGAGUACUCUGAAGCUUAAUGGUUUUAAGGAUCUUGAUAAAGAAGUUGGUCGAAGUAAAUGGGAUGCUGUAUGCCGUAGCAAAGUGAAAGGUCGAAAACGAAUAGGCGAUGGUUGCAAUAUGUUGCUGAUGAGAUAUAUAUUUGAUCAAGGAAAAGCAUUAAUUAAUGUUUGGGAUGCUAUAAUAUAA